UUGGCACGUCACGUGGGACCCCAGGAACUCCUCAUAACCUUCCCGGCAAGCUUUGCGCUUCCUUUUUUUUUUAGGAGGCCGGGCGUCCAAGAUGUCUAAGCGAGGACGUGGUGGUUCGUCCGGUGCGAAGUUUCGCAUCUCCCUUGGUCUCCCUGUGGGAGCAGUUAUCAACUGUGCAGAUAAUACAGGGGCCAAAAAUUUGUACAUCAUCUCCGUGAAAGGAAUUAAAGGGCGGCUGAACAGACUGCCAGCUGCUGGCGUGGGCGACAUGGUAAUGGCUACUGUGAAGAAAGGCAAGCCGGAACUCAGGAAGAAGGUGCAUCCGGCGGUGGUGAUUCGGCAGCGGAAAUCAUACAGGAGAAAGGACGGGGUGUUCUUAUACUUCGAAGACAAUGCGGGGGUGAUAGUAAACAACAAAGGGGAAAUGAAAGGUUCUGCUAUCACAGGCCCUGUAGCCAAGGAAUGUGCAGAUCUGUGGCCCAGGAUUGCCUCAAAUGCCGGCAGCAUUGCAUAAAACUUGCGUUCUUUCUAAACAUUCAAUAAAAUUGGUUGUACCAAA